UCCAGCAUUGUUGGCAGCUGAUUUGGUCUGCCUGGCUGAGUUAGUGAUUUGCUGUCCCUAUUUCUCUCUCUCUCUCUCUCUGUAUAUCUCUCGGAGCAUCCUGUUAUGUUCAGUUCCAAAUCCACCUCCAUCUCCCCAUCUCUGUCCAUGGACCAGACUGACACAGAUGCGCUGGACAUCAGCACCAAGGUGCAGCUCUAUGGGGUGCUGUGGAAGAAGCCCUUCGGACGCCCGUCGACCAAGUGGUCAAAGAGGUUUUUCAUCAUCAAAGACAGCUUCCUCCUUUACUAUGCGGAGAACGAGAAGAAGAACUUUGAGACAAACAAAUAUUUCAACAUUCACCCCAAGGGUGUGAUUCCCCUGGGAGGGUGUCUUGUGGAGCCCAAAGAGCAGGCCAGCAUGCCCUUUGCCAUGACCAUCUCUCAUGAAGACUUCCAUGGUAACAUCGUUCUGGCUGCUGAGUCCGAGUCUGAGCAGGUACAGUGGCUGGAACUACUGCAGGAGUCAGGCAAAGUGACCUGGAAUAACGCCCAGCUGGGGGAGGCCAUGAUUGAGAGUCUGGAGGCCCAGGGGCUGCAGCUCGCUAAAGAGAAGCAGGAGUAUCUGGAUAAAUUGAUGGAGGAGACUGAGGAGCUGUGUUCGCAGAGGGAACAGAAGGAGGAGCUGGAGCGGCUGAACCAGGUGCUGGGGAAGGAGAAGCAGCGCUUUGAGGAAGUGGUGCAGGAUCUGAGAACGGAGCAAGAACAGAUCAAAUGCGAGCUGGACCUGAGUGGCCAGUCACUGAAGGCGGUCGAGGCUGAGAAGAAACAGUUGCACUGUCUGACUGAGUCACUGCAGAGCACUCUGGAGGACCUGUCCCAGGAGAAACAGAGGACCCUGGCCCUGCUGAAGAAGAAUGAUGAGCAGCCGCAGCCCUGGCAGCAGCCGACCAAUCAGAGCCGUACAGGCGGGAAUCUCCACGGCAACCUGAGGCAAAUCGAGGAGAAGAUGCAGAAACUACAAGAGGAAAAGGUCCAGGCCGAGGAGAGGCUGAAGCACAAAGAGGAGAGAGCCCACGCGCUGCAGGUGGAGCGUGAGUUUUAUUCCUCGCAGUCGAAGGCACUGCAGGUCUCCCUCCAUGAGCUGACAGCCGAGAAGCAGCAGACUGAGGCAGAUCUCAAGACAGAGAUGAAGGCUCGCAUGGAGCUAGAGCGCAGGCUGAAGCUUGCAGAGGAGGCCCUGAGGAGUCUGGAGCAGGGGCUGAACUCACUGGAGCGUUCCCGGGAGAGAGAGGAGCGCAUGAAGGGGGAUGUCAGCCAUCUCAAGAGGUUCUUUGAGGAGUGCAUCAGAAAUGCUGAGAUUGAUGCAAAGCUGCCAGUCAUCAUGAAGAACUCAGUGUACAUCCACAAGGCUACAGCCCGUCGGAUAAAGAGCUGCAGGAUCCAACGCAAAGCGUCCGGGAACGGGGGACUGCUGAGACACUCGCAGUCCUUCAUCGUGUCCACAAGCGAUGAGGACAGUCUGGAGGAGUUGAGGGACACGGCGAGGAGGCUGACAAGAGACCGCUUCUUCAGGGAAAGUGUGUACCAGAUCAUGAGCAGCAAGGACUCCACACAGGGGGAGGAGAACGACUGAGAAGAGCCACCACCUUUUAUCCAGGACAUGCACUCACACUUCACCAUAACAGUGCUUUCACACCAGGCUUUAGCACGGUAGUGAGAGAAUGCUUGGACUCACUACAGAAAGUCUACAAACGAGAGGAGGCCAUUCAGCCUAUCAGCGCUGCUCCGGUUCCUUGUAGGUGAUUAAUCUCCUACAAAAUCAAGGAGUGAGUUCAUCUAACUACUGGAAUAACUAACCCUAACCUUUUCCCAAUUGAAUUGUUUUAAAGUAUAACCACUUAAUUUAAUUUCUAUUAUUUGUACUCAAGUUUAGAUCCAAUGGAGUUUAAUACACUGUGAAAUACAGUACCAAGUGAUUUGAGUGGCACAUAAAAUUAUUCAGACUCUUAAACUAUAACUAUAGAAAAAUAUAUCCAUUACAAAAUGGACAACUGUCUGCGUAACUUAGGUGCCUCUGCCUGUCUCCAAAUCUAUGUAUGGAGUGACAAUCUGCCAUUAAGGUGCAAUAUUAUAUUACAAUGCAAUGAAAUUUAUAUAUAUAUAUAUAUAUAUAUAUAUAUAUAUAUAUAUAUAUAU